AGCAGGUCAGAGAGGCUGCAGUGUUUCUGCUGUCUGAGCCCUACAAAUCCCAGAAGGUCUGGGAGCAGAGAGAGGGGGUGGCUGGAGCAUCCGACCUUGACGAUCAGACAGAGGCAGAUCGGAAGAGAGAUAGAGAUCUGAACUUCCCUUCUGCUGCAAUCAGACAGGGCACAGGGGGAAGGUGAGAACAGGGAGCAACUGUGGAUUGUCCCCUUCAGAUCCUGUCAGGAGCUAAAACCGCUGGGCUGUUUCCAUCCCACUUGGUUCCCCACACUGCCCCAAUGCUUCUGUCUCUGUGCCUUUUGCUUCCUGUAAUGAACCCCAGAAAUCAGGAGAUCUGCUCAGCUCCCGGUAAGUCCAUCUGUCACCCUUCUAUCUAUAAAAAGAAAAGGAGUACUUGUGGCACCUUAAAGACUAACAAAUUUAUUUGAGCAUAAGCUUCCGUGAGCUACAGCUCACUUCAUUGGAUGCAUUCAGUGGAGAAAAAAAAAAGGUUUGUACUAAUAGAAAGGGUUUCCAGCUGCAGAAGAUUAUUAUUAAUUAUUAUUAUUAUUAUCAUUAUUAUUACUAUUAUUACUGUGUCCCCCAAAGAGCUGACAAUCUCAUAUCUGACAUUAUCCUCCUGAUACGCAGCCGUGCAGAAAUAAGAUCCUGCUCCAGAGACAUUGCGCACACCCCACAGCCCUUGUGCAGGCAGAAUUAAUCUACACUGCAAUUAGACGCAUGCGGUUGGCCAGUGCCAUGUAAACAGCCCUAUAGCCUGAGCCCUGGAAGCCCGAGUGAGCUGGCACUGCCCAGCAGCUGGUUUUUAAUUGCUGUGUAGAGAUAAGACAGACCCUAAGCAGCUGCGAGUUGCUUCCAUGGCAAUCAACUUCCUUUAGUAAACUACUUCCUGGGCUGCCCCCUAAAUGGGCACCACCAAUGACCCCAUUGACGGCUCUGACUCAUUGGCCUUCCCAGGUGUUGUCCCUGCCCCGACCCUCUACCUGAGCCAAAGGUCGGCCCAAGAGGGUGACUCCGUGCUGCUCCAGUGCUCUGUGAUCUCCCAGGCCCUAGCCACCCGCGUCAUCUUCUGUAAGGACGGGGAGGAGGUUUUCUCCCAGACAGGGUUGGAGAAAAAGGUCACCUACAGCUAUGACCAUGCGGUGUCCAUGGGCAGCUCUGGAAAUUACUCCUGCGGGUACGAGAUCAAGGAGAGCAACAAGCAAGUGAACAGAUCCCAGCUCAGCCCUGCCAAGCACCUCAGCAUUACUGCGCUGAGUCCCAGCAGCCAGGAGAUCUGCUCAGUUCCAGGUGCUCUCCGUGCCCCCACCCUCUACCUGAGCCAGAUGUCUGCUCGACAGGGGAACUCCGUGCGGCUCAAGUGCUCUGUGGUUUCCCAGGCCCCAGCCACCCGUGUCGUCUUCUGUAAGGACAGGGAGGAGGUUUUCUCCCAGAUGGGGUUGGAGAAGAAGGUCACCUACAACUAUGACCAUGCAGUGUCCAUGGGCAGCUCUGGAAAUUACUCCUGCGGGUACGAGAUCAAGGACAGCGACAAGGGGGUGACCAGAUCCCAGCUCAGCCCUUCUAAAUACCUCAGCAUUACUGUGCUGAGUCCUAGCAGCCAGAAGAUCUGCUCAGCUCCAGGUGCUCUCCGUGCCCCCAUCCUCCACGUGAGCCAGAUGUUCGCCCAACAGGGGGACUCCGUGCAGUUCAAGUGCUCUGUGGUCUCCCAGGCCCCAGCCACCCGUGUCAUCUUCUGUAAGGACGGGGAGGAGGUUUUCUCCCAGAUGGGGUUGGAGAAGAAGAUCACCUACAGCUAUGACCAUGCGGUGUCCAUGGGCAGCUCCGGGAAUUACUCCUGUGGGUACGAGAUCAAGGAGAGUGACAAGCAAGUGAACAGAUCCCAGCUCAGUCCUACUAAGCAUCUCAGCAUUACUGCACUGAGUCCCAGCAGCCAGAAGAUCUGCUCAGCUACAGGUGCUCUCCGUGCCCCCACCCUCUAUCUGAGCCAGAUGUCUGCUCAACAGGGGAACUCUGUGCGGCUUAAGUGCUCUGUGGUUUCCCAGGCCCCAGUCACCCGUGUCGUCUUCUGUAAGGACGGGGAGGAGGUUUUCUCCCAGACAGGGUUGGAGAAGAAUGUCUCCUACAGCUAUGACCAUGCGGUGUCCAUGGGCAGCUCUGGAAAUUACUCCUGCGGGUACGAGAUCAAGGAGAGUGACAAGUGGGUGACCAGAUCCAAGCUCAGCCCUGCCCAGCACCUCAGCGUUACUGGUGAGAGAGAUGAGCGGCAAAGAGAGUAA